AGUAGAUCACGACCAUGGACUCUGCUGUUUCAAAGCAGCUCGUCGAUAAGAUCUACGAGAAACGGAAGGCAGCAGCACUUGAACUUGAGAAACAGAUUCGAGAAUGCCAUUUACAAGGAGACCAGCGUCGUAUCAACCAGAUAAUCGAGCAGCUCGUUGACAUGUUCAGCAACGCAGUCAACCCCCUUCACAUUCGGAACGGCGGUCUCAUCGGUCUCGCUGGGACGGCUAUCGCGCUCGGGGUCGACAUUGCACCGUUCAUGGACAAGUUUAUCGAACCCGUUCUCGCCUGCUUCACCGACCCCGAAAACCGGAUACGCUACUUCUCCGCGGAGUGUCUGUAUAACAUCGCGAAGGUGUCGAAGGGAGAGGUCUUGGUGUUCUUCAACCCCAUAUUUGACGCGCUGAGCAAGCUUGCUGCCGACUCAGAAAUGUCUGUCAAGAACGGGGCCGAGCUGCUGGAUCGGCUUUUGAAGGACAUCGUGGCGGAGACAGCGUCAGUGUACAUUCCGCAGUACCCGGAGACGGAGAAGGUCCGCGAUCGCAUGUCCCAGGAGGAGCAAAGCGUACUCGUACCAUACCCCGGCGACCCUUCUGCAGAUGGAUACAGCUACAAGCAGAAACGAGCGUUCUCCCUUGCCCAUUUCAUCCCCCUCCUCCAGGAUCGCAUAUACGUCCUUAGCCCAUUCACUAGAAGCUUCCUCGUAUCGUGGAUUACCGUUCUCGACUCCGUCCCUGAGCUGGAGCUGGUUUCGUAUCUGCCCGAGUUCCUAGAUGGUCUCUUUAAGUACAUGUCCGACCCCACCGCCGACGUGCGCACUGCCACCGAGAACAUCCUUGCUGGUUUCCUCCAAGAGAUACGGGAGGUCAGCGCGAUCCAACAGAAGAUCGAUGAGCAUCAUGAGCCUUAUGAGCAGCGACGAAGAGAGACUGAGAAAGAUAAGCUUCCGGACAUCACCAUGUCGCAUUCGGAACGUGCGCUUUUUAUCCCAGAGAACGCAACGUCGGGCGAGGUGGAUGGGGGCAACCCAUUUAAAGAGGAACCGCUUGUGGAGAAGGAGAUCAAGAGGACUGGGGCCUGGUUACCUGGACAGGGCGUCCAUAUCGACUAUGCCGCUAUCGUUGAGAUUCUCAUAGAGCAGCUAGACGUUCAACACGACGAGAUCCAACAGUCGACCGCACUUUCAUGGUUGGCCGAGUUCCUCGACUUCACAUCCGAAGUCAUGGUCCCCUUCACCCCGCGCCUUAUCCCUGCCAUCCUCCCCAACCUCGCCCACCAUGCGCCCAUGAUUCAGACAGCAGCCAUCCGGACGAACAAGCUCCUCUCCAGCGUAGUCCAGAAUCUCCCUUCUCCAGCUGACGCUUCGUCGCGCCGCGCGACAGCGGAGAAGAUCACGCCCUCCGUGUCUCGCGAUCAGGCGAGCUCGCCAACCCAGGGGACGGGGCCACCAUCGAAGCAGUCAGCAAACAUCUUGCAACCACCGAGGGAGACGACCUCUCCUGAGACGACGACGACGGACGCGCAGUCGCAGUCGACGUCGUCGAACGCGUCGUCGGACAAGACGACCGCGCCGCUCACGCAGCGAUCCCGCGUCGGAACUCAGUCGAGCUUAUCCGAGAUGCCUAACGGCACCCCCGCAGCAAGUGCAGGUGCGCCGAGCCCGAGUCGUCCCCAGUCCCGUCUUUCAUCAGCGAGUGCUCCAGGCGGCGCGGCGAACCCGCCUAACGCGCCGACGCCCGUCGCUCAGCAACGCGAUGCGCAGAGUGUGCCGCCACCGAUGCCACCGCCGCCGCCCGAGGAGCCGGAUUUGUUUGAUUACCAGGCGACGGUCACUGAGCUGACGGUACAGUUCUUGAGCGAGCACGAGCAGACGCGGGUCGCUGCGCUCAAGUGGCUGAUAAUGUUGCAUCAGAAGGCGCCGAAGAAGAUUUUGGCGAUGGACGACGGAACCUUUCCUGCGCUACUCAAAACGCUUUCGGAUUCUUCCGAGGAGGUCAUUAAGCAUGAUCUGCAGCUUCUCGCUCAGAUAUCGUCGAGCUCGGAGGAGGGUUACUUCAAGGUGUUCAUGAUGAACCUUCUUGGGCUUUUCAGCACGGAUCGCAAGCUCUUGGAAGCGCGCGGGAGCCUCAUUAUUCGACAGCUGUGUCUAAAUCUGAACACUGAACGCAUAUACAAGACGUUUGCGGAGAUAUUGGAGAAGGAAGAGGAUUUGGAGUUUGCGAGCGAUAUCGUGCAGAAGCUGAACAUGAUCCUAAUCACCUCACCCGAGCUCGCCGAGUUCCGGAGGCGACUGAAGAGCCUCGAGACUCGGUCUGAUGGACAAGCAUUGUUUACGACCCUGUACCGCUCGUGGUGUCACAACGCGGUGGCCGUCUUCUCCCUGUGUCUGCUGGCCCAAGCGUAUGAGCAUGCUUCUAAUUUGCUAUCCAUCUUCGCGGAUCUCGAGAUUACAGUGGCCAUGCUCGUCCAAAUCGACAAGCUGGUGCAGCUUAUUGAGUCGCCUAUUUUCACGUAUCUGCGCCUGCAGCUCCUCGAGCCGGAGCGAUACCCGUACCUGUUCAAGUGUCUGUACGGCCUGUUGAUGCUGCUCCCGCAGAGCUCGGCGUUCGUGUCGCUACGGAACCGCCUCAGCGCUGUCAACUCGGCUGGGUUUUUGCACAUUGCGCCGAAAGGGGCUGUAGGCGGCCAGAUCUCCUCGCGAUCCAAGGUGUCCGGGCGGGAAGAGAUCAAGUGGCAGGAGCUGCUCUCGCACUUCCGAUCCGUGCAGCUGCGCCACGAGAAGGCGCGGCGCCUCGCGCUCGGCUCGGACGCGUCGUCUGCUGCGUUCGGCGGGCUGUUGUCGUCGGAGAGCAAUGCGAGUGGCGGUGGUGGGAGGGCGGAGGGGGCGCAGCGCGAUCGUGAUGGUGGUGGGUCGAGGCCUGGGAUGAGGAGGAAGAUGUCGGCUGGCGGGGAGGGUGCUGGGCAGCAGGGGCAGGGCCAGGGGCAGCAGCAGCAAGGCGGGGGUGGGGGUGGGGGAAGGUCGGUGUUGUCCCCGUUGAAUCCGAGGGCGAGGCAGACAGGGUUGUUGGCGUCGACGCUGAUGAGAGAGACCGGGUCGGUGUCGGGAACGGGCACGGUGACGGGAUCGGGGUCGGGCGGGUCGAGCAGUCCGCCGCCGCAGGGGAGUCCGCUGGGCGGGUCGUUGCAGGCGCAGCAGAGGCAGGCACAGGCGCAGACGAGGCGGGGGACGCUUGGGCUUGCGAGGAAGUAGGUGCUGGUAAUGCAUCUGGUGACUCCGUUGUUGGCCAUGGCUCGACACUCAAGCUCAAGUCGGGUGUUCAGAUGAUCAAGACUACGACGCUGGGAUGCGGUUUGGUGGAAGUGGAUUGUAUUUAUAUUAUGAUUACACCAUGCCGGAACAGAUUGCACUAUAAUUACGGUGGAUGGAAGGGAUAUGUAUGUAGGCGGAAUGUGUGCGGGGUGAAGUUGGCUGGGUUGUUGUUGGAGUUGAGGGAUAUGGGUGGACAUUGGCUUAUGAUGACAGUUACGACGAUGGUACGACCUGGCUUGAACGAACAGAGCACUAUAUAUUGCAUGAUACCAUUCUCUCAUAGCCUGCUUUCAGGACUUGCCUGGACUAGCAGAUUCUCCCUUAUCGUGUUGAUCUCGUCUGGGGGG